UUUUUACUGUCUGCACCUUUCACAUUUUGUUUCGCAUUAUUAGGACUGGUGUUCCUCAUGUUGGACAUGCUUGCAGUUGUCGUAACUUGUCAGUGUCACAGAAGUACGAAGGUACAGACGAUGCCAAAAAUAGGAGGAAGAAGUAGACAACCGGAAUGUCGAAAAGGCAUGGCAGAUUUCUUUUGGGCUGACGUGUUGCCAUAGCUCUGAACCUUCCAUGUCCACAAUGAGGAACACUAUCCCUCAUAAUGUGGAACAAAUGGUCAAAAUGUGAAACUAAGCAAUGGGAAAGGUGCACGCAACAAAGAAAAAGCGGUAGGCUCAGCCAGGCUGUGGUAUGGGCGGGGCCCGUGUGUUUGGGACGGGAUUUGCUAUUGCGCAGCUGCUGGGUUAAGUAACGCACUUCAAUUUCGACCCUCUUACUACCGAAUGCUAAGACGACAUACAAAUAAAAAACGAAAAAGGUUCUCCUGUGCUGUGGUAGCGCCAACAGAACCCAUUCGUCAAUAUUCAUUUCGGAGACGGGCAUUAAUGUUUAGCAGAUUCAACAGAAUUUGCUACUGCCAGGCAGGCACUUAAUAGAUGGCGGAAAUUGUAAUCACAACUUAGAACUUGGUAAAGUGGCUGUUACCGGGAACUUACUGAACGAGGUAGAAGUUACAGCAGAAGUCCCCCAAGGUACCUACAUUGCGUGGUCUUAGGUGGACGGGAUGGGAAGUGAGGCCACAAUACCGGAAUUGUCUGUCGCUACUGGUUCCUCCAUCGGUAGAAUGGCCUCCCCACCUUCUUUGAUGCAGGGCGAGUCUGACGUAACAGAUGUGUGUAAGGCGGUCACAGAGUUAAAGAAGAAAAGUACACCGACAGCACCUUUGGAUGUUACCGGGGACUUAAUGGACGAGGUAUCGUCAAGUUACAGCAGCAGCCCCCCCGAAAGUACUGACACUGCGUGCUCUGAGGGGUACUGGACGGGAAGUGAGGACUCAAUGUCGGUACGGUCCGUCUCAAGUGCUUGCUCCAUCGGUAGUAUGAAUCCCCCACCUUACAUGGUGCCCGAUAACCCACCGGUUGUGUGUACCGAGGCAAGCGACUUACAGAAAAGCGGACCUUCAGCAGCAGCUUGUUCUCCCGGUAGCGCAGACCUGGCCCUCUGUAGGGCACCUGAUAGCGAACCUGGUGCUGGACCGGAAUCGAGCUCCUCAGUACAGUGUCAUCACAGACAGAUAACGAUUACUCAGAACAGAAUGGUGCUGGACAAGUUCAGAAAAGAGUUUCACAAAGCUCUCCAGCAAGAGGAGAAGAACUCAGAUAAUUUUGUCAAAACCUUGAAGACGACACCUAAAGAGAUGAAGGCAAAACUGGAACGGUGUGUUGAAGAGCUUCUAGCUUCAUGUAAAAAUGAGCUUGAAGGAGAAGAAGAGAAGAAGCAGGAACACCUUAUGUUACUGGCAGGUCAGAUUCAGGAAGAUUUGGAGAACUAUACCUCUGGAUAUGCAAAGAAGUUCAAGACCAGCGCCACCAAAGCUGGAGCUGCUGCAGGCGCAGCGGGGAUUGGCCUUCUUGGAGGUGUGGUAUGUGCUGGUGUAGUUCUUGCUACUGAAGCACUUCUUAUUGCUGGCAGCAAGUUAGCCACAGUAGCAGUCGGGGCACUGGCUGGGACAGGCACUUUUGCACUGGUAGGAGGGGGAGUUGGGGCCAAACUAGGAAGUACAUUUGGGAAAAAGAAGAAGAAAAUCUGCAGAUGACCACUGAGGGAACAGAAACAGAGGAAGAGGGUUUUGUAGACCUUGCCCAGGAUGUUGAACAAGUGACUUUUCUGAAAAUACCAUCUGAUAAGAAAAAUAAAUAAAAAUAUUCUUUCUGUUUGCCCUACA